UUUAAAUAUUUAAAAUCAAUGAUGGAACAACAACCAGAAUUAUUUUUUAAUCGUAAUGAAUUUGGUAUAACACCAUUACAUCGUUGUGUUUGUAAACAACGUUAUGAUUUUGUUGAAUUUAUUGUCAAUGCAUUACCAGAUACAUUGGAUGCAUGUGAUCAUCAAGGACGAACACCACUUCAUAUGGCUGCAUUAUUAAAUGAUUCUGGUCAAAUGUAUUGUCGAUUAGUUGAUUUAGGUGCAAAAACCUAUGUCACCGAUAUGUUCCUAAGACGACCUGAAGAUUAUCUUAAAACGGAUGAUUAUCAACCAAAGACUUUUGUUAAUAAUCAGAAUCAACAACAACAUCGAAAGCCAAAACCAAAACGACAAUCAAAUCGACAAAAGCAACGAUCAAAUCGACAACAACAACAACGACGUAAUAAAAGUAUUUCGAAAGAAUAUUCUGCUCAUUAUCAAAUUGAUCAAUUACAUCAAGCAUCACAACGUGGUAAUAUUCAUGAAUUUCAAUAUUUAUUAGAUCGUUAUUCAUUAAUUUGUUCACGUGAUCGUUUGGGUGCAACACCAUUACAUAAAGCAGUAUUAUUUGGUCAUUAUGAUUUAAUAAAAUUUAUUAUUAAAAAUUUUGAUCAAAAUAUAUUGUAUAUUGGUGAUAAUGAAAAACGCACACCAUUACAUUAUGCAGCCGGUUUAGUUGAUGAUGAAAAUCAUUCUAUUUAUUAUCUGUUAUUAAAAUAUGGUCCAAAAGCAUCAAUUAUUGUUGAUAAGAAAAAUCAUACAGCCGAUUAUUAUCUACGUUCACCAAACGAAUUAAAUAUUUUAAAUUUACGUAAACAUUCUAAACGUUUAAAUAUUAAUCAUACAAUUAAUUUGGCUAAUAAAUUAAAAUUAUUAUCAUCAUCAUCCCCAUCAACAACAUCAUCAGCAUUAUCUUUAACAUUAUCACCAUCAACAUCACCAUUACCAUUGUUAAAAAGAAAAGAACGACGAAGUUUAUCGCCUAAUUGGAAUCAUCAUCAUCAUCAAUCGAUUAACAACGACGACGACGACGACAAUCAAAUUAUUAUAAAUGAUAUGGACAAUCAAACAAUAACAUCGGCUGUUAGUGAUGAUGAUGAUGAACAACAACAACAACAACAUCGUCAAAUGUUAUUAUCUGGGUUUGUUUGGGUUUUCUCUGGUCAUUAA